UUUCUUUAAAAUACAGGAGAAUUGGUAUAUGAAAUAGGAGAUAUACAUAUUUUUUAUUCAUGAGAAUUGGUAUUUAGCGAAUAGUUAGUAAACAUCUGUUAUACUGACGUUAAAGUUUGAGGGAAAUUUUAUAUGAACGACAGAAGAAACACCAAUUGAAACGAUGGCGAUAUUCAAGACCCUUUUUGGGAUAAUAAUUAUGAUGAUUUACUCAUCGGAUGGGUUUCCGCCUGAUGCCCUGACAGGGUCUGCCUCAUAUACCAAACAUCAUGCAGAAAUAACACGUAUUUCAAUCCGUAUUGCUGUUGGUAAAUUUAUAAAGGAAAACAAUCUGACUGCUGUCGAUGACAGUAUAGAUGUGAUAGAUUUAGUCGAUGCUUUUUUUGGAGAUGAUAAAGACGGAUUGCAAGAGUUUAGUAGACGGGAAAAUGAAAUUAUACAACAUGUUAAAAACCAAGAAAUAUCUGAAACUGCUUAUAUUCAUUGCAACUCUGAACAAAUAGAACUAGCAAAUAUCCAUAUACUACAACUUCGGAAACAAAUCGGACAACUGGCGCAAAGUUCUGGACCCGAUCUAUCUUUUAUACGUGAUUUGAUUGGAAAAUGUUUAUAUACCAUUCAGGCGUUUUACAGUGGAACAAAUUGGGUCGAAAUGAAUGGCAACACAGUUUACAGAGAUUUUGGAGUACCAAAUAAGACGUUAAUGGCUGUUGCUGAUACUACAGUGGACACGUGUCGUGAUUGUGACAAUUCUGGUUCAGAUUUAAACUCCUGCAAGAAUAAUUUGUUGAUAAAUGAUUUGUUAACAAGUGGAUAUCAGACAGGUCAUGACAUUCAACCUCCAUACAAAACAAGUGGUGAUAUGGAUAAAGGUAAGUGUGGAUUUGGAGGAAGCUCUGACACUGAAAAUGGGCAGAGAACUGGAACGGGCGGAAUUAACAAAGACAGAUUAGAUCCAAAGUAUUCACCACAUCACCAUCUUCAUUACCAAGCAUUCUUUGCCGCAAGGAAGGCAACAGAACAGUUUUUGAUAGAUCCAGAAAUCGGAAUAAUCAAUGAGUUACAAAAUGACAUAUUUGCUGAAGUGUUUAACUUGAAAGAAAAACAUAAGGCAUCGUUAGCUUUUGUAAUUGAUGACACUGGAUCUAUGGGAAAUAACAUUGCUCAAGUUCAAGACGCAUGUGUAGAUAUAAUUACAGACGUUUUAGAUUCGACUAAUGAACCAAGUGAUUAUAUUUUGGUUACAUUCAAUGAUCCGGAUACGCAUAUCCAUCGUUUGACCACGACAAAUGGACUUGAGAUGAUUGAAAAAUUGGAAUCCCUUAUCGUGUAUGGAGGAGGCGAUUGUCCGGAAUAUGCUAUGAGUGGAUUAAUGAAAGGUAUUGAAUUGUGUAGAGAACAUUCAAUUCUAUUUUUCUUUACGGACGCACCUGCAAAAGAUGAAAGUGACCGACAAGCAGUUAUCGAUGCUGCAAAUGCGAAACAUAUUCAGCUAAUGAUUUUUCUACAGGAAGAUUUGUGUAAAAAACGCAAAAAGAGAGAAACAGGUCGAUGGAAGCGAGAAACAGGAUCUGCUGUGUAUUAUGCAAUAGCCGAGGCUACAGGCGGAAAAGUUUACCAGAUUAGUACAUCAGAAAUAGCUGACGUAAUGAAACAUAUCACACAGGAUCUCUUACCAUCAGCAACAGCUGUGAUUAAUGUUUUUAAUCUCGAUACUACUACAGAUGAUUUUGUAACCUUUCCCGUUGACAAUAUGAUAACUAAUAUGAAAGUAACUGUACUUGGAGCCGCUUCUACCGCUGAAGUUGACGUGCACUCCCCUCUUGGAUCAGUGUUGACGAGUUCAAGUACACAAGUUUUAUUUGAAAGCCCAAACAAAGUAGUUGUUACAGUUGCGAGUCCAACUCCUGGUAUGUACACUUUGUCAAGAACAGGAAACAACCACUGGAGUGUUAACAUAACUGCUCAGUCAGCAAAUGAUUUUGAUUAUACCAUUACGAAAGAAGCCGGUGAUGGGUAUUUGUACAAAGUAUUAGGAAAUCCUAUUAUAGGCGAAACAUAUACAAUCUUUCUAACUGUAUAUAACUUACCAGAGAAUGCAACAGUCACUACAAUACUACUUACAGAAGGUUCUGGAAGUAAAAACCUUUUCAAUUUAACACAAAUGCCAUCAGAUUUUGAUUCAACGUAUUUUACUACUGCUCUUCUAAUAUCAGAGUUAUAUCAAAUCAGUAUCCAUGGAACAGACGACAAUGGGACUACAUGGAUGAGAACUUCACCUUACACGAUAUCGCCAGUAAAUGUCAGACUUACCCUUUCUUCAACUCCAGACCUGUAUAUAAAUACGUUUCAAAAUGUGUCCUACAUUCUUGAAAACAAAGGAACAACAAACGAAACAUUUACAGCUACACUUGUGGACAACAGAGGAUUGUUGACAGGCCAGACAUAUUUUGAAGAAACCAUUGCCAGUAAUGAAUCUUCAGAAAUCAUAUUUCAGUUACAGGGUUCAAGUUCCUUUAGCACUGUGACAUAUACUAUUUCUGUAACGAGAUCUGGCUCAACAAAUACACUCCAAAAAGAAAGUAAAACAUUAUAUAUAAGUCCAGAUAUUCCACCGACGUGCAGUGUUGACACUUUGAAUGGACAUUGUGACAACAACUAUGGUAACGGUACUUGUUUGGACAGUACAUGGACUGGUCAAGCAACAAUAACAUUUACUACAGAUCUCCUGUCUGUCACGGGAUCUAAUGGUAUGAAUGUAGACACGAGCAGUUUAUUAUCAUCUCCAUCAGUGGUAUCUGUGAGCGGCACCUGUUGUACACCAUCGACAUACCUAACUGUAAUUGACAAAAAUAAUAAUUUUGUCAGAUGUCAUUUCUUCCUCGGAGAUGUAAUCUAUAUAGAUGAUUCUAAAUCUGUAUUGUCGACAGCUGAACAGAUAGCUGUAGGUGUCAUAGCAGGAAUAGUUGUGGCCUGUUUGCUGGCAACAUUGACAUUUGUGAUAGUCGUUUACCGUAAAGGUGUAAAACCAAAGCUGAAUGCCAUGAAGGUCGAUAAUCUGAAUAGAAAGGCAGUAAAGGAUUUUCCUAUGAAAAAGGAUUACUCCUCAAAACAACUAUUUUAUGAUGACUUUAUGACUUUGAAAUGUGACUUUAAAAGUCAACCACCACGAGAUACACAUUUUCCACAUGGCUUAGAAUUGGAAAUAAGUGAUAUUCAAUAAGACUUAAAAAGCAACUAAAAUUUGGUCCUCUUAUAACAGAUUUAUUUAUUAGACAUUAAAUGAACUAUGCCACAUCCAUUCAUGAGGGUCUUGAUGGUUUAUCAAAUAGCAAAUAAUGGGCACAAAGUGUAGAAUAAAAGGCAUGCAAAUAAAGAACAAAAUAAUAUGAUACUGAUAUGUAACGAAUAGAGAAUAAUGACAUUAGAAUUAAAGAAUAAAGAAAAAGAAGGAUCCCCAUCCAGACACUCAUUCAUAUGAUAUAUAAAUUUCAAAUAUUGAAAACUUUUAUUAAGAAACACAAUUAUGUUAAUAUAUUCUUAAUCAUUUGUCAAUGGUAUGCAUAUUAUUAAUCAUAGUAUAAUAUUUUUGUAAUCGUUAACAUUUUUUUUCUUUUUUAUUGACAUCAUUAUUAUCAUUUUAAUGUGAUAAUAAGAAAUUUUCUUAUAGUUGUAAAAGUAUAACGUUGUGUUAAGCGCAAUUAAAGUCAUUACAGUUAUUAGUAAUCUAUCUUAAUAUAUGACAUUAUUUUUUACAAUUGUCCUUCUAAUAACAUAGUGCAAACUUGAACCAUAAGGCAUUCAAUAUAAUAAUAAAAAAACAUACUGCCCUUGGAUGAAGGUGUGUAGUUAUCACCCGCAACUUCGUCUUGGGUCAUAAUUUUUCACUCGUGUGUUUAUCUCCCCUAACACCUUUAUCCCAAGGCAGUAUGUUUGUAAUGCAAUGGAAAAAAAACAAUGAAUAAUUGAUAAUCAGAUAUGUGUUAUAGACACUUGCAUUUUGAAUGUAUAUCUGAAUUUCAUUUUUGGUUUUAUAAUUAUAGUGGCUUGAUGUCUCUUUGAAUAUAAAACAUUAGAAUUUUU